AUGUUUAAUGUAUUAAUAGAAUGUCUAAGGUUCGCGUACAUAUUUCUUGAAAUUAUUCUUAAAUAUGCAACUCGGCCAUUUUUACUAUUUAAAGAUUUCUAUGAAGAACGAAGAAAGCUAUCGUUACGUAUACCUAAUCAUAUUGCUGUACUUUACACCGAACAGUCAGCCAUCUGUAUGGAAAUGCUUAGUGAUUUAAUAUUGCAUUGCGUUUCGGUAGGUAUAAAAAAGAUAAGUAUAUAUGAUCCUUGGUCAUUCGUGGCAUCUAAUAAAGAUUUAUUGGCAAGAAAGGCUACUGUAAAAGUGAGCAAAGUUAAUCCAAAAUUGGUAUCGUUUAUUCAUUUCGUCACUAAGAUGGAUAUCUUGCAAUCUGAUGUAUCCGGUCUUGCUGUAAUAUUACUUGGAAAGGAUUCAGGUCGAGAGACAUUGGUCAGUGUUUGUCGCAAAAUGUGUGUGAUUCACAAUCCUUCUGCUAUAACCGUUGGAAAAAUCGGGAAAGCUUUUGCUGAUGAAAAUGUUUUUGAACCAGAUUAUUUACUGCGAAUUGGGUCAGUUAAAUCUAUGGCUGGUUUCCCAUCAUGGGCUUUAAGACUCACUGAAAUCAUCUCAAUAAAAAGAUUAAAAGGACGCAUGACACAGGAUUAUUUUUUAGCCUUAUUGAAUGAUUAUAGUAAUAGAGAUAUACGACGUGGGCAGUAA